ACACACACACACACACACACACACACACACACAGGCGCUUGGCACAGACAGGGACAUACAUGCACACCAUCCACUUUUUGCAAACACGCAGGCUGCGCAUCCGAGCGGGCAGUAAUUGGGCAGCGGAGAUCCACAGCAGAUGAGGGCAUUUCAUGUCCAGCCUGGCCAGGAAUCACUGUGACCCCGACUAAAGGAGUUCGACUUGACAGGAUGGGGGGAGUAAGUGAAGGAGAUGAUGUGUUGGCUCGAUGGAGUGAUGGACUACUGUACCUCGGCAAUGUGAAAAGAGUAGACGGAGUCAAGCAAUGUUGUCUGGUGAGAUUUGAGGACAACUCAGAGUUCUGGGUACUGAGAAAGGACAUUCACUCAUUCGCUGCUGGAGUGGAAGAAGUUUGCUGUAUUUGUGACGCUCCGCCUCUUAAAGAACCCCUCAUAAAUUGUCUCAAAUGUCGCCACGGUUAUCAUCCAGAGUGCCACACGCCAACCAUCGAACCGGAAGCUGACAGCGAUUCGUGGAUAUGUCGGCAAUGUGUCUUUGCAGUCGCAACCAAGAGAGGCGGGGCGCUCAAACGGGGACGCUUUGCCCGGCUCAUGCAAUUUAUGAAACUCCGGCUUCCCUACCAGCUGUCGUCUUUAGACUGGGACCCACAGCAUCUGACCAAUCAGCAACAGUGCUACUGCUACUGUGCCGGACCUGGAGAGUGGAACCUGAAGAUGUUACAGUGUGGUAGCUGUGGGCAGUGGUUCCACGAGGCCUGCACACAAUGUCUAACCAAACCAUUGCUGUAUGGAGACAGGUUUUAUCAGUUCCAGUGCUCAGUAUGUACAAAGGGACCAGAGACCAUCCAAAGGCUACCCAUGACCUGGAUGGAUUUGGCUCAUUUAGUGCUCUACCAUCUCUCACUGUGCUGCAAGAGGAAAUACUUUGAUUUUGACCAUGAAAUCCUGUCCUUCACCAAUGAGAAUUGGGAGUCGUUGCUCCUAGGAGCGCUCUCUGACACGCCAAGGCAAGACCGCUGUCACAAUCUCCUCAACGCUCUCAACUCUCACAAGGACAGGUUUGUCUCUGGAAAGGAGAUCAAGAAGAAGAAGUGUCUUUUUGGGCUUCAGGUUCGAGCUCCGCCUCCACUGACGUCCGAUUCGUCGCCGCUCAUCACCGACCCCCCUAUCAGCAUCACGCACAGGAGAAGCCCGUUGUCACUACCCUGCCAGAGGAGAGUGGGGGGGCCAGAGUCACGCAAAUCAAAGCGUCGCAUCAUGGAGACACAGGCUUGUCCACCCCCAGUUGCUGCCAACCCCAUUGAGCUGCUGCCAUGUUGCCAUGGCUACAUGGGAGGGGCCAGCCUUUACAACUCCAGGAAGUCAGAGGAGGAGCUUAGUUUGAGCUCUCCUCCCAAGCGGAUGUAUGCCCUGUACCACACCACGUACAACGGGAAUAAUGCACUCUCCAGGAGUCUCCAUCACUUCAACAGCGUUGAGGACACCUACAGAGUAGCGCCACCUUGCUUCCCAUACCCCCUCAACUCCAAUGGCAACCAUCAGCACCACCACCACUCCCACCAGCACCAACACAACCACCAACACAACCACCAACACAACCACCAACACAGCCACCAACACAGCCACCAACACCAGCCGGGGCAGAAGCAGCUGGAGCCCCUCAUCCUACGUGAUAUGCCCCCAUACCAGGCCGGUAUGGGCGGAGGGGGUGGCGUAGGUGGAGGAGGCGGAGGAGGUGGGGCUGGCGGUGGAGGAGGAGGAGGAGGAGGG